UGGUGUUAGGCGGUGCAUGAGUUGUGGUGUAAAAUAUUCUCUCAAACGUAUUACUUUGGUUUUUCUGGCAAUAAAAAUGCCUUCAGACGAAGAAUUUGACUAUAUGUCUGACAAUUUUUUGGCAGAAUGUGUAAAGGAAGAUAUUCGUCCUGGACUUAUUCACAAUCGAUCUCAGCAGAGGACACAUAAUAUUGAAAGAAAGAAGAAAGUCACAGAUGAAGAGAACAAGCAGCAGAAUAGACCACAUAGGUUACUGGAAGCAGAGAGACGGGAGGAGGGCCUCAGUGAGGCCAUUACUGACAGUAAUCGAGGAUUUGCACUCCUCCAGAAGAUGGGGUACAAACCAGGCAUGGCUAUAGGCAAAUCAGGUACGGGUUGUGUAGAACCUGUUCCUAUUGCACUUAAGUCAGAUCGCAGUGGGCUUGGAAGAGAAGCAGCACUCAAGGAAAUUGCAGCUGAGAAGCUUGCAAUAAGGCACAGGUUAGCCCGUCAACGAGAGAAGGCAUCAGAUACUCAUGACUACAGGGCUCGCUUGGCAAGGAAGGCUGCAGAGAGACAAAUUGAAGGAGACUUGAGGAAAAGUCAGAGAGUUUGUGAACAAUUGGACACUUCCAAGGGAUUUGAUGAACCUGCAGAAUCUUGGUUUUGGUCUCCACGAAAACCUCAGGCAGCAGAUGACAAGGAUGAGGAAGAUGAAGCAGAAAAUCAGAAGAUUGUAAAUGAAGACAGAGUUCAUAAUGAUGAUCAGGAUGAAGACAAUAUUUCAGAAGCAGAAGAGAUAGAGUUUGAGCCUCCAGAGAAAUUAGAAAUUUUAACGCUGUAUCUGCGCAGAACACACUUCUAUUGCAUUUGGUGUGGUGUGCAGUUCGAUGAUGAGAAGGACCUGCAACAUUCGUGUCCAGGACCCUGUCGAGAUGAUCAUUAGAACUGCAAUGAAUUAGAGGUAUAAAGCCAGUGAAAACAACAAUGCACAUAUGAGCUUUGUGGAUAAAUCUGACAGGAUGGUAAAUAGUUAUGGAAUUGCCCGGAGAACAUGGAAAUUGUUUUUCCACCUUCUAGACAUGACUAUUCCCAAUGCCUAUUUAUUGCACAAGUCACGUGGUGGAAAAUGGCACAUAAAGAAUUCUGUGAAAUCCUAGUGUGAGAUUUGAUUGUACAAUUGCAUGAGGUGAAUAUCACAGUCAGUGGCAUUUCUUGGUGUGGACUCAAAGUUCAUCUGUGGCCGAAAUGAGUCGACUAGAGGUGCAACAUUGGCAACACUGGCCACCCAAAAGGAAACCAAGAUGUGUGUGUUCACUAAAUAAGAAAACCAGGAGCAACCUCCUCUGUUGUAAAAUGUGUGAUGCUGGUCUGUGUUGAGGACUGCUUCGAUCAGUUGCGCAUGCAUGAGCGGAGUUGUGAUGCAGUUUAUACUUGCAUACAGUCUGAACAAAGGAUCAUUGUAUAUAGUGUCACUAUUUUUUACAAACUCAACAUGUUUGAAGUUUCGAGAAAAAACUAUGGGUAAGCCCUUUGGAUUUUCAUAAUAUUGUAAAAACUGCUCUUUUGUGUAUAUGUAGAAAAUGUUAUUGUUUUUCAGGCUGUUUUUAGUUUAUACUUCUAUAUUGCAUAAAUCGGAAAAUGUGUAUUUUUUUCUGAAAGUCUGCAACUUUAAAGACUUAGGGCCAUUUAAAUUCCAGCUGCAGCAGGCUUUCAACAAUUUAAAAGUCUGUACUUUACAGGUUAAUAUGUUUAAGCGGUUCCCAUUGCUAAAUGCCUAGCGCUGAAAUAUGAACUGCAGAAACUAAAAAAUAAGGCUGUCAAUAAAAUGGCAUGGUAUGGGAUAGGAAAUAAUGAUUCAGUUCUUAGGAUGCAAAUACUUUUCUUCGCCAGUCUCUUGCUUUAAACAGAAAACAUUACACACCA